UGGACUAACCCAGGUGAAUUAAAAAGAAUUAAACCUUGGCAAGUAAUAAAUCAUACCUUCUCUACAUUGAGAGCGAGUCCCAAGGCUUAGCUGAUUAACAAGAACCAAGUUAUUUUUGUUAAUCCCCUCUUGAUUUGCCUAUUUUCAUGCUUUUCUUUUCCUUUAUUUGAAUCAAUAAAACUCCAUAAUCACCACCAAAAUUCAAUACCCAAUAUUCUUGAAAAUAUUUUAGAAAAACGUACGUCUGUGCAAGAGAGUGAAUGUGUGGAAGAGAGAAACAAUGGAAGAUGAGAGCCAUGGAAGUUGUCCAAAUGUCCCCAGUAGAGGAAGCCCAGAAAGUCCGUGUUUAAAGAGCACGAGUACCAACAACAACAAUAACAACAACAAAGAGCAAGAUCGAUUCCUUCCUAUAGCAAACGUGGGAAGAAUAAUGAAGAAAGUGAUUCCAGGAAAUGGGAAGAUCUCAAAAGAUGCAAAAGAAACAGUUCAAGAAUGUGUUUCUGAAUUCAUCAGCUUUGUCACAGGAGAAGCUUCUGAUAAAUGUCAAAGAGAGAAGAGAAAGACCAUUAAUGGAGAUGAUAUCAUCUGGGCUAUUACAACUCUGGGCUUUGAAGAUUAUGUUGCUCCACUUAAGUUAUAUCUCAGCAGAUACAGAGACAUUGAAGGAGAGAAGCUUAAUAUUCCUAAGCAACAAAGAACAACAGAUCAAAGGUUGCAACAAACUCCACAAGAACAAGAUCAAAGUUUACCAUCUUUCAACUCUGUAUAUUCCUCAACUACAUCUCUUAUCUCUCAACCAUCAUUUGUGCCUGCUGAUCAAUCAUUUUCCUUAAACUUCUCCCCUAAUUCCAUUCAAAAACAACUACAACAGCAUGAUCAAAUUGAUUCAGUUGGCCAUUGGUAAGACUUCAGAUCAUUCUGAAUUCAACAAAAGAGAGUCAAGGAUUUUAUAUAUAAUUUCUUUUUCUUUUUUUUUUU